UAUUAGUUUUGCAUAUAUUUUCAAAGAUUAAAUACUAGUUUGUAAUAGAUAGAAAAAGAGGUAAAUUUUAAAUAAAUAUGCAAAAAAGAACCAAGACCUCGGAACAAGUUCAGCAUUCUUUUAAAGUUUUGUUCAAUUAAACUAACCAGUAGUGUUGAAAAAUGCAAUUCUCUCUCAAACGCAAACCAAACUUUCAUGGUAAAUUUAAUUUCGAACCAUUUCCAAAAAGGGAUUUACGCUUCGAAGGCAUCUACAACGGCAUUACUGUUGAGGUGUCCGAUCCAACGCAGAUUAAGGCGCUUUAUGAGAAUGGCUGCUAUGGCAAGGGUAGUAAGUCGCGUGGGGCACCGGAUUCUGGAGAUGCCGAUGAAAAAUUACUGCUUGGACUAGAGGAGGCAGCAUUUUUAGCUUUUUAUCUAGAAUCGCUCAUUAUUAAGGAUACGACGGGCCAGCAAAUGAAUUGGACUGACUAUCUGCAAGUAGCGUUGCAGCUAAAUGAACGUUUCAUUGAACAUCUUGCAGCUUAUCUGUAUUUAAAGUCCAAGAAUUGGGUGAUAAAAAGCGGCAUCAAGUUUGGUGGGAAUUUUCUUAUUUACAAGCAUAGUCCGUUAUACUACCAUGCUGCAUUUCUGGUCAUUAUACAAACGCUAGUCGAAAGUGAGCUCUACAUACCAAAAAACCUGCAAGGACUACAGCGCGUGGCCGAGACGUCAGACAAGGAUGUGUUGCUACUCACAGUCUUCACCAGCAGUGGCUUAAAUGCAUUCUACGACAUGCCAGCUUCUCUGGGAACCCUGACCAUUAACGAGACUGUAGUACGACGGUUCAACUACACUGCAUUUGUGCAAAGCAAACAAAAAUAAACAAUAAUAUAACUUAACCUA